AUGGGAUAUAGAGAAAUCGCGAACCUUUCCUGCAAGCUCUCCAAGCUUCAACAAUCACUUGCGCCAACUGCUUCCGCACACCCAUACAAGUCUCAGAGCUCCGCCGAAUCCUUUCCAAUAUGCCAAAAUAUAAGUUUUCCCUUCCCCGCAGCUUUGAUUGACUCUACUAACAGCCAAGCACUCUUCUGCGACUACUGCGAUGUCUACCUCACCCACGACUCCAUGUCCGUCCGAAAAGCCCAUAACAGCGGUCGAAAUCACGAGCGGAACGUGCUAGACUACUAUCAACAAAUCGGCCACGAAAAAGCUCAGUCGGUCAUCGACUCCAUCACAUCCUCCUACGCCGCCGAAGGCCAAGCGGGCGCAAACCCCAUGCUCGCACCGCAAGGCGGUCCACCCAUGGGCGGGCAGGGCUUUCCUCCCCCGCCGUUUGGUUUCCCCGCCGGAAUGCCCCCGCCGCCCUUCAUGCCCGGCCCCGGCGGUCCCGGCGCCCCUCCGCCCGGCUUCGUGCCCCCGCCGGGCGGUCGCGGCAUGCCUCCUUUCCCCCCUUUCCCGCCCGCCGCUUCGCCGAGUGGCAAUGGACCCCCGAUGCCCGGGAUGCCCGGCGGGUUGCCGUUCCCACCGCCCGGAGGCAUGCCGCCGAACUUCCAGGGGUUCCCGCCCCCGAUGGGGGGGGCCGGGGCAGGGGAUGAGUCCGCCGCAGGGCGGGUUCCCGCCGCCGCAGGGUAUGCCGCCGUUUCAGGGUGGGAGGUAGCCGAUGGGAUGUGGGUGCUUGAAAGGUGGAUGUUUUGA